AUGUUUCUUCCUCUCAUUCCUACUGGUACUGGUGAUAUUGACGCAAGCCUAAGCGUGAACUCGAGAGCACUCAACAAACAGAAGCAACAUCUGUCCCUGUUGUUACAAGUAGCCGUGGCAGCACAUGAUGACAAACUGGCGGCGGAGGGAUUCAAGGGGCAGAGGGGAAUCUAUCCACAACCGCUCUCUAAGGUGCCGCUCAAGGACCAGAAAGCCGCAGAGGAGGGUAAAAAACCAACUCUACCCCGCCAGCUGCCCGCCGAAGUCACUUCCAUGCCUUCUGACCACCGCGCGCUAGGCUAUCUCUGCCGCGGCCACUCCCUCACGAGCGCUAGGUUGGAGGGACGUCUUCGUUGCCGUGUGUCAUCGCGGGGCAGCGCCUGGCUCAUCCUUAUGCCCCUGCUGGAGGAGGACGUGAGCCUCGACCCUCCCGUUGUGUCUUUCCACCGCCUUCUCUCUGACGCACAGCUCACCACACUCAAACACCUUGGCGCCCCUCUUCUGAUGCCGGCCAAUGUGCAGGGCGCUGAGGGGAAGCAGGUCGCUCGCUACCGCGCCUCCCACACGGCCUGGCUCGGGGGCGGGACACACCGCAUGGUGCGCUCCGUGAACCGCCUUGCCGCGGCUUUGACAGGGCUGGCGGUGGAUGAGGCAGCGGGGGAGGCUGAGGUGCUGCAGGUCAAUCAGUACGGCGCUGGAGGGCAUUACGUCCCCCACAUGGACUUCAUGGCACUCUACCGCAACACAUGGGAAGCAGGACACCUCAAUCACAGCCUCCUUCAGGAACACCCACAAGGGGACCGCAUUGCCACCCUCAUGUUCUACAUGAAUGAUGUGCCAGAGGGUGGGCGGACAGUUUUCCCCCGGCUGGGUGUGGGUGUGGCACCUCAGAAGGGCAGCGCCAUCUUCUGGUGGAACUUGCUGUCAUCAGGGAAGGGUGAUGAACGCACACUACACGCUGCCUGUCCUGUUCUGCGUGGCACCAAGUGGGUGAGCAAUGUGUGGAUCAAGUAUUACCCACAAGUGCACCGCAGGCCGUGUGUAGCUCCUCCAGUGAAGCAGUGAGGACUGCUGCUUUCACUUGUUCUGCCACUUUGGUGAAGCUAUGGCCAUGUCAAGACUUGUGCAUUGUCAGAGUAGUAAAUACAUCUUUUAAAAUCUACUUAUAUUUGUACAUAUCUAAAAUUAUGA